AUGGCUUCAAUCUACCAACUCAACCAACCCCCUAAUCCCUUCUGGGAUUUCCUCAACGGAAACCUAGAGGAUCAUCCCUUCUUUGCUCCUCGAGGCCACCAUGGAAGACGUGGACACCACAGCCGCCGUCAUGGAUGGGAAAACUCCCAACAGAGCGAGACAGUUCCACAGGGCACUGAAGCACCCAACGCAGAGUCGAACGGAGAGAUGAAGAACGACAGGUCAGCGUCCGACUCCGACUCCCCAGAUAACCAGCACCGCCGUUGUGACCACUGUGGUAAGGGCAAUGGCAAAGGCCGUGGAGGUCCCGGCUAUGGGCCUGGUCCGUUCCGUGGAAUGGGUGGCAGGGGAAAGCAUGAACAUUGUCCUCACGCUGGACCUCAUAAUCAAGGACACCAUUGCAACGCUAGUCCCUUUGAUUUCUCGAACGAAACCGCCCCAAAAGAUCCCGAAGCACCUCAGUCACAGGCUGAAGAGAAAGGCCCUAACACUGAGACCAACGAGAUCUCAGUAUCCGACUCCGACUCUCCAGGCAACCGCGGCCCCGGCAGAAAAUGCAAGAACAAGGGCCACGGAGGCCCGGGUCCCUUCCGUGGAAAGGGCGGCAAAUGCAAGCACGGGCGUGGCCCUCACGCCGGACCAUGGGGCCACCACAACCACCCCUACGAUCACGCAGGAAUGUUCGGCGGCCGCGGACGAGGCCCUCACCACACAGGCGGCCACGGCAAACACCACGGCGGACCCCCAUUCGGUGGCCAGGGCUUCCCCUUCAACUUCCUCCGCAACCUUGGAAUUCCAAUGAAUGAAUCCGCCCCCGAGGGCGUAGAUUUCACUCCUGCCAUCGACGUCUUCGACACGCCGGCCAAGUACAUGGUGCACGUCUCACUACCCGGGGCGAAGAAGAGCGAUCUGAGCAUCGACUACGACGCCGACGAAUCGGUUUUGCGGUUGGCGGGUGUUGUGCACCGUCCUGGUGUUGAUGAGAAUAUGUAUCAGGGGCUCGCUAUGGAAGAGCGUGGACGGGAGGUUGGAGUGUUUGAGCGUGAGGUCCGGUUUGGGACUAGGGCUGCGCCGGCUUUUGUUGCUGUUGAGGGGAUUUCGGCGAAGUUGGAGGAUGGUGUUCUUAAUGUUGUGUUGCCUAAGGUUGUUCCUGAGCCUGAGGUUGGGAAGAAGAAGGUUGUUGUUAAGGUUGAUGAUCUUGAGUGUGAGAAGGGUGAUAUGGUGGAUGAGAAGGUUCGUGGGGAUUUCACUCCUGAUGAGUCGGAGGUUAGUGAUGUCGAGGAUGGUGAGGCGAGGGAGUAUGUGAAGGUUCCGGUGCUGUGA